UUGUACAAUACUCCCUUGAUUCACCCAGCCUACUUCCGUUUCAGCAUCCCCACUUCCCCCAGGCACCAGUGAGACGGCUGGAAAGUGACGCGCGAAGCUGGAAAUUCGAAAUAACAGCGGGACAAAAGAGAGGCAGGGGGAGGGGGGUUGCUUGCUGACUGACGCUCUAACCUCGCUUGCCUUACCUUCCCUUUUUUCCCCUUUGCCCCUCACCCCGGGGAAUUCUAGCCAUGCCUGUAGGAUUUCCAGUUCCGGGAGACUUAGUGCCAUGGGUAUGGGUGUUAGGAGUAACUUGGGAAGGACAGAAAAGGGUGUUACAUCGGGUCCUUUUCUGCUUCGAUACAAGGACUUGAUGGCGUCUUCUCAUAUCGACUCCAUGCUCUUUAUCUCCCUCACUCCCUCUCUCCGCCGCCCCCAUCCACCGCCCAAGGGUCCCACGGGGGUGACACGGGGGGCGUGGCGAAGGGCGGCGCCCCUCCACUCUGGGCCAGGCUUGGGGUGAGGUUAAUUAGCGGGGUUCUCAGGUGGGAAGGCACUGCUGCUACCUGUUGGAUGAUGCCGGGAGGGGGCGAGCAGGGGAGGGGGAUGUGCAUAUUUCAACGUGCUAGUUUGUGGACAUGAACAGUGGAAAAGUUGAACGGGGAAAUAUGAUUCACAGGUGUGAGUACCAGGACUUGAGGCAGCAUGGAGGAUCUUCACCGAGGAACCUGCACCGAGCUGGAGCGUCUCGCGGCGGCAGCAGCCACCAUGGAUUACUCGGAGUCCCUGGCCAACAGCCACCAGCCGGCCCUCACUGUCGCUACGCCCGUUCUCACCACACAGUUCCCACCAGACCACUACCAGCGACAGUAUGCUCGGCACGACACUCACCUGCGUCCAUACGAGCAGGUGCCCAGACCCCCACCCUCAGCCCACCAUCAGCCUGCCCCCCCAGCCCAUGUACCCCCUCCACCCACGAUACAGUAUGUGACGGAGCGGCCAGCACACUACGGCAGGACCAGCCAAUUUGUGUCCAUGGUGGACCUCCAGUACAGCAACACACAGGUGAUGGCACCCCUCCCAGGCACUGAGGCACAGUACCCACCCCCUCCCCCUCCAGACAUCCCCCAGCAGCCUCCUGUGGUGCCCCCACCUUCACCUGUCCUGGAGACUGUGCCCAAGGAGAAGAAGAAAGUGCCUGAGCCUCUCCAGAGCAAGAAGAGGAAAACAGAGGAGAGGGAGAAGCAGGAGGCACUGGAGGAAGAGUCUCUGAGAGGAGAGGAUAAAGAUGGCACUGUGCUGGAGCUGCCACAGCCCAUCACCGACACGGAUGGUUCCCUAGUGUACCCUUGCUCCCUGUGCAGCACCAACCUGCCCUCUGCCGACGCCUGGCAGGAGCAUGCCACUGACCACCUCAGCAAUGCCAACAGACGCAGGAAUGGUCUGUCUCUUGAGGUCAAAAUUGAGAUAAUCAAAAGAAUCAACAGUGGGGAGAAGCAGUCUGACAUGGCGGAGGAGUACAUGGUGAACCGCUCCACCAUCAAGUCCAUCAUGAAGAAGUCCAGCAGCUACCUGCAGUGCUGGAAGAAAGGCAUGUUCCACCCAGACAGCAAGCGUCUCAAGGGCCCCAAGAGGGAGGACAUAGAGGCAGCCCUGUACUCCUGGUACAAGCAGGCAGUGUCCACUGGCACUCCUGUCUCAGGUCCCAUCCUGUGUUCCAAAGCCUUGGCCUUUGCCAGGAAGCUUGGCCACACUGACUUCAAGGCAACGCAUGGCUGGCUGGAUCGCUUCAAGAAGAGAAAAAACAUUGUCUUUGGCCGAGCCCCGGCCAGGAGGAAGAGGGAGGAAGAGGAGAACAGCAAUGCAGAGCUCAAGCCCAGCGAGUGGCAGACGGCAGUGCUACACCAGCUGCUACUGGAGUACGACCCCGGGGACAUCUUUGCUGUGGAGGAGAUUGGGUUGUUGUACCGCACGCUGCCCAGCCAUGCACUGGCCCUGCGUGGGGAGCGUUGUGCCGGGGGUGUGCGCAGCAGAAUGAGGCUGACAGUGCUGCUAUGUGGCAACAUGACAGGCACUGAGAAGUUCCCAUUGUUGGUGGUCGGGAAGCACCCCAAACCCUCCAGCUUCCGGCACGUCAAGAGUCUGCCAGUACAGUAUGUGGCCAACCAGAAGGCAUGGAUGACGGGGGACAGCUUUGGGGCAUGGCUGCAGGACGUGGACUCCUGGUUCGUGCAGCAGGGCCGCCGUGUGGUGGUGGUAGCUUCCGCCCUACCCAUCCACGACAAGCCACCGGGGGGCCUGCGCUCGGUGCGCCUGGUGACGGCACCACAGGGCUUCGUGGGGCCCCUCAAACAGGGUGUCUCAGCAGCCUUCAAGCGGAACUACCGGCGCGGGCUGCUGGAGACCCUGGUGAACCAGCUGCAGCGGGAGGAGCCAGCCGUGGGGAAGCGAAGCCGCCGGCCCAACACCAAGUUGAGCCUACUGACCUGCCUGCACCACCUGGCCACAGCCUGGCACAGUGUGACAGACAGCGUCAUCAGUGCCAGCUUCACCCGUGCCGGCAUGAGCAAGUAUGGGGCAUGGGGUGCCCCGCCGGCGCCGCCAGACCCCACCCUGGGUGCAGAAAACCUGACACUGUUGCACCGCCUGCGCCUGCUGGGCCUCACCGUGCCCGACAUGACCUUUGAUGACUUUGUGCACUUUGACCAUGACGUGCAGACCUGCAACCUAAACAACGACGAUGACAUCCUGGCCAUUGUGACUGGCGCUGACAAGGAUGACGAGGGCUGUGGGGAGGACGAUGAGGAGGAGGAGGAGGAGGGGGAGGAGGAAGAGGGGGAAGAGGAGAGUGAGCAUGGCCCCUCCCUGAGCCAGGUGGAGGCAGCCCUGGCCACCCUGAGGAAGCACAUCCAGUACCAGGAGGGCGCUCAGGAGAUGUUCAGAGUGUUAGCCCACCUGGAGUACCUCAUCUAUAAGGGCCAGGUGGGGGCCAAGGGUGUUGGGGUGCAGCCCACCACCUCCACUGCUCACUAGACACACACACACACACACACACACACACACACACACACACACACACACACACACACACACACACACACACACACACACACACACACACACACACAGGUGCACUCUCUUUCCAUGACUCAAAUCCCACAGAUAUUCUCUUAUAGGUGUAUGUUUAUUGUGUUUUUAUGUGUAACAUUUAAGUACAGUAAUAUAUAGUUUUAACUGUGGGCAUUACUUUUAGUCACAGUUCUGUUGUGUUAAGUCUUGUUUGGGCAUAGGAUGUGGUGUUCUGUUACCAUUUCCAUCCUCCUUUGACUUAUUAGCUCUCUUGUUAAGUGCACAGAGUCAUCAGUACACAGUCACACUCACCACACACAACACCAUAGGACCCUUGUGUCAUCAGGACUCAACCAGUCAGUCAGUCAGUCUUCAUUUUCCUGAAGGAGUCAGAGCACACAGCAAACAUUACCUCAACCCGACCAGCCGGCUUGUGGCAGUACCCUGGUGCCUCACCAAGCAGGCGUCCCUCAACCAUGGUCAGUUGUCUUGCCUUACACCUGUGCCUGCAAACAUAAACAUUCAGGGAUCACUGUGUCCCAGGUGUCCCCUGCUCCCUAUGGAUGUAAUCCUCAACAGUUGUACCACCCAACACACUACUAAGCCACCACUGGGAUGCACUCAGUGAAGUGGCUCUGUGCGUGUGUGCAUAAAUGUGGCAGCAACAGUGCUCCCAGUGUAGCUGUGGGGACGCUGAUCUUGGCUCACUGUGCCGUCCCAGCACUGACUGAUGGCACGAUGUGUAGCUGUGAUGCUGGCAGUUUGCCGAUACAGGUGGAGUGUCUGCAGAGAUGAGUGAUUUAUGGUAGCAAAAAUUCAGAAACUUAUUUGAAGGUUACUGCCACUAUGACUCAAAAAUGAGGUGCUGAUGGUAUAGCUGCAAGUUAUAUGACACUGAUUAGUUUAUGAUUAGUUUAUUUUAGAAUAGUAGAUGAUGGUAUAGCUGGUGAUGUGUAGCUGCAGUGUGUGGGUACCAGUGGUGGUUGUGAUGGUGGUGGUGCUGUCCCCUCCAGCUUAUGGUAAUGAGAUGCCAUUCCUCUGGCACUGCCCUCAUCUUCUGGAAAGAGUGCCAAAUAUACAUUUCUGAGUUGUCAUUCAUGGUGGCUACUCAUUCCCUCAAGACAUUUGAACAUACAACUGCAGUGAAAUAUUUUUGCAGUUUUUAUAGGAUAGAUAUAAGUGAAACAUUAGUAGAUUCCUUCAGAAACAUAUCAUAUAAAGUUUAAAUUCGUAACCACACACUGCAGUAUUGAUUAGGGAAGCCAUCAUUAGUAAACUGGUGAGUGAUGGGUAGAACUUGUCUCUAUUAAGGCCCGAGGCAGAGGAGAGUAAGAAGCUUGGCCACAGACUGCAUUAACUGGGAAAGGUUGUGGCAAGUCUUGUUUCAUCUCUCUUUUAACAUGACAAUUUUGUAUACGUCAUCGAGAAGAUUCCCUGUAGCACUGCUAUUUUAUUGGCGCUGGAGGUGCAACGAAUGACCAGUGACUAGUAUAUAAGGUGAAGAGUAAGAGAAGAGGAACAGGCUGCAUGCACAAGUAACACUGAUGCCACAAAGGGCCACAAAGGAAGACCAGGGAGCAGCAUGAGUGUUAGUCCCUAUGAGGAUGCAUGUGCUUAGCUACACCAUCUUAUCUGCAGUGAGAGGUGUAGAGCAGUACAAGACAGUUUCCCCAGUGUGUUGGUGCUGAUACUACCACCACUUAAGUUGUAUUCAAGGCCAUCCAGUAUUCAAGCCCAAGGAGGCUCUGUGUGGCCCAUGGCAGUCUCCUUCUCAUGGUGUCUUUUGGAAUGUGGGUGCUUGAGAGGGAGCUGAGUCUCGUGCAACAGUGCAUCUUGUAAUUUUUUUAUAUGAGUGGAUAAGAGUGCAAGUCUAGAUCAGCUGCUGCACUGUCAUAUCAAACCUAUCAAAGAAAGUGUCUGGGUGUCCAAAAAGUUAAAGGUUACUACUCAUACAGCAAAGUUAAAGCAAUGUUAAGUCUUUUAUAUCAAGGAGUAAAGGUAUUUCAUGCCCUCCCAUCUUACAUAAACACUUAAAAGAAAAGGUUUAAGCACUUAAUAGUGAAGAUUACUGCUACACAUUAUACACCUGGCAUUUUUAAUACUGUGAUUGGAAGCAAGACUGAAUCACUGCAAUGCUGAAAGGGGCAGUAAACAAGAACUAGCCAAUAGUGGUAUGAAUUAAGGUUAUGGGUCAGUUUUUGUAUGUUGGUAUAUACACAUACACAUCUGAGGGUUACUAGCAGCUCAGGUGUGAGUUUUGUACCUUAGAGAUUAAUGGUCCUGCUGUGAAGUGUACAUUUUAUUUCUGAUAUGUGAGACUUGGUAUCUCUCUCUCUCUCUCUCUCUCUCUCUCUCUCUCUCUCUCUCUCUCUCUCUCUCUCUCUCUCUCUCUCUCUCUCUCUCUCUCUCUCUCUCUCUCUCUCUCUCUCUCUCUCUCUCUCUCUCUUGGUGUAAGUUAUAGGGCGUUAAGACUACAAUUUAUGUACCUACUACUGCAUAUUUAUUGAUACUUGGUGGUGGGAGCAAGGUCUUUUGUAGAGAAUAAUUUGUAAUGUUAUGUGAAUUUAUUAUGCAUUGCUGAUACUUCCAGUGUGUGUGUGUGUGUGUGUGUGUGUGUGUGUGUGUGUGUGUGUGUAUGUAUGACAGCUAGAAAUCAUAUAACAUAAAACCAAAUGCAUCAAAACUUCAGUCAGAGCUGUGCAAAGGGCUUCCUCCUCCUCCUCCUCCUCCUCCUCCUCCUCCUCCUCCUCAUGCACUGAAAUAGGGCAGUAAGUGAUUCAAGGGAUAUUUCAAUUCUUGUCUGCCUUUUGGUAUCCUCAGGCAUCUCUCUCUCUCUCUCUCUCUCUCUCUCUCUCUCUCUCUCUCUCUCUCUCUCUCUCUCUCUCUCUCUCUCUCUCUCUCUCUC